AUGGAUUCAACCAAGAGAAAGAAGGGCUAUACCAAGAUACUACAGAGCUGUGAACGCGCCAGCCAGGAUGGCUAUGACUGGAUCUGGAUCGACACUUGUUGCAUCGACAAGACCAGCUCGACAGAGCUGUCCGAGGCCAUCAACUCCAUGUUUCAAUGGUAUCGAGAACCGAAUGUCUGCUACGUCUAUCUAUCUGACGCCACCGGAACACAGCCAUUCUACAAAGCGACGAAGGGAAGCAUAGCUCAUGCGUUCCACGGUGGUACUCACGAGGCUGGACAUUACAGGAAAUUAUCGCGCCUGCACGAGCGGCUCAAGUGGCUAGCCAGAAGAGAAACAACCCGGAUCGAGGACAUGGCUUACUGCAUGCUCGGAAUAUUUGACAUCAACAUGCCGCUUCUUUACGGCGAAGGUAAAAAAGCUUUCAUCCGGCUUCAAGAAGAAAUCAUCAACGCAACCACGGACCAGUCCAUCUUUGCUUGGGCAGAACCCUACCCUUCAAAUGACUAUCCUUAUCUUGAUCACGAGGAAUACAAUCGCGUAUUUUCCAUCUCCGAAUAUGGCAUUAUCGCCGUGUCUCCGAGAAUGUUCGAGGGCUCUGCCUCAGUGGCCAUGUUUGCUCGGCCUCGACCAUCGCGCCCGCACGCUGUUGUCACCAGACAAGGUAUCAGAGUACACUUGCUAAUGUGCGAGAAUGAAGUACACUCGUCAAUGCGGGAUGCUGAUGAUUCGAAUAUUUUCAUGGCUGUGCUGGAUUGUCAAAAUGGUCAGCUCAUUGAACUCGAAUCUCCAGACAUCUCCUACCAAAGCUGGAAGUUGAAGGAGGUCUACAUCACCCAAUCCAACUUACAUCCACUUCCACCGGGCUUCUGGGUGCUACCUUUAGAAGACGAAAUGUCAAUCGAGAGUGUCUAUCCCCCCGAGAUCUGGGACAUAGCGACCAAUAUCCUGCAGCCACAAGUGUCGUGGGGCAAGAUCGGGGCCAUAGGCCUUCAAGUGAGAGAUGUGACGAUUGCGCUCAUUCUUGGGUUUAGCAACCAUUUACCUGGUGUUGUGCCAUGGUGCAAGCUGUGUAGUUACAGCGGUGAGGAUGAAUUGUCAGAUGUUUUCGCCGCAUAUGAAGAGGUUCCGUCACGAGAGGGCGCCGCUGUUGGAGUAGACUUUUCCGAACUGGCUGGGCUCUUGGUCUCGAUAAGGACCCCGUCUGUUUCUUCAGUUCCGAUGAACAUCGUUCAACUCGAACUUGUUGAAUUGUCCGGGCCGUCUUCGAUACUGGCCUGGACUAUCAUGAUCGCAUCGGCGAAUGAGGCGUCGACCAACGCGCUCAACGGGGCGGCCUCUGGCGUGUAG